GAGACUCGGCCUCUCCGCCCCGCGUCCAGCUGGCCCAGCUAGCCCAGCGUCCGCCGCGCCUCGGCCAAGGCUUCAACAGACCACACCAAAAUGCCAUCUCAAAUGGAACACGCCAUGGAAACCAUGAUGUUUACAUUUCACAAAUUCGCUGGGGAUAAAGGCUACUUAACAAAGGAGGACCUGAGAGUACUCAUGGAAAAGGAGUUCCCUGGAUUUUUGGAAAAUCAAAAAGACCCUCUGGCUGUGGACAAAAUAAUGAAGGACCUGGACCAGUGCAGAGAUGGCAAAGUGGGCUUCCAGAGCUUCUUUUCCCUAAUUGCAGGCCUCACCAUUGCAUGCAAUGACUAUUUUGUAGUACACAUGAAGCAGAAGGGAAAGAAGUAGGCAGAAAUGAGCAAUUCCCUCCUCCCUGACAAGAGUUUUCCCAAAGGGUCGCUUAAGAAAUCUGCCCCACAGCUUCCCCCAUAGAAGGAUUUCAUGAGCAGAUCAGGACCCUUAGCAAAUGUAAAAAUAAAAUCUAACUCUCAUUUGACAAGCAGAGAAAGAAAAGUUAAAUACCAGAUAAGCUUUUGAUUUUUGUAUUGUUUGCAUCCCCAUGCCCUCAAUAAAUAAAGUUCUUUUUUAGUUCCAAAAAAAAAAAAAAAA